AUGGUCGAAGUCAAGUUGCACCCGGUCGCACAGAGGUCCAAGCCUUGUCACGCUGCGGUUGCUGCUCAAGAGGAGCGCGACGCGAUCCUGGCCACCCCGCUCUUCCCUCAAAUCGAGACCCUGAUUGAGAGCGGCACGAACGCCCCGACCAAGAGUGCUCAUCCCCCUUCAAGCGUCAAGAUGACUACUCGACCUGCCUCGUCGCCGAUCCGACACUCGUCGCUGCGCGCCGCCAAGUCGUCGUCGUCGUCCAACUUUACCGGCGGUGCCAACGUCGCGCCCGUCUUCACCCCUCGCCAUGGACUACAAAUCGAUGCCACCCAAUUUCCCCUUCUGUCGACUCGCAACAACGUCCCUCCUAUCCGAGUCCUCACCGCUGAUGAUUAUGCACGCCUGCAAGCAACCUACUCGAAGCAACGUCUGCCCGAGGACGUGCUGUUCCCUUGGUCGCACGGCAGCGCUGAUAUCCCCCACUCGGCAGCGAGCCAGUACUUUGGCUUCGCCAAGGGCACAGCCGCUCGAGCACCCAGGUCAGUACCUUCUCCCUUUGAUUUCGUUCGCUCGGAGCACGUGAAAUUUUCUUCUCGACAUGGCUUUCCCUUUCGAGGUGCUUUGUGGUCCGUCGUCGCCGCCGACGCCGGCGGUUGCGCGCGCGUCCCUCCUGCCCGCGCUCGCUGCGCGUAACCCGCCGGCGCUAAAUCGUUCGACUUGUCCGACGCGCCGUGCCUGAGUCGCGCGCCGCCUCAAUUUGAUGAAAGGGGACCGACCGCCAGGACGCGCGACGCAUGCCCCAUGACUGUUACCACCAGAGGCUCGCACCUGUAGCAUCGGAUAGAUCCAACCCAUGAUCGUGUUCGCCCAGACCUUGUGGUCCACUCGCUGAUCUCGCAUCUUUCCUCUUCGCCUCCGUAGCUACCGCGGAUUGACGACCGUCCACUGCCCCCCGCCAGUGACGCCGUGCUCGACUUCGGCACCUUCUCGCCGACGAGGGCUCAUCUCUUCUUUCGCCUCGUGGUCCACCAACUCGUCGACGCACUCGUCUUCAUCCUCGGUCUCCUCUACCUCGAGCGAAGACUCGUCCUCGUCCUCGGCAUCGGCCUCUCCUUCGCCCUCGCUCCAUUCUGCAACGCCCACCUGCCGCCUCGUCUCUUCCCUGCCCCUAUCUUCGAUUAUCUGUGCGUCGACAAACUCGUUCGCUCUGCCCGCACCGGAGACUUUCCAAACCGUCAACUUGCGCCAUUUUGCGCUGCAAGCGGCCAAGUACGCGACCAUCAGUGAUAUCGUCGUCUAUGGAGAGAACGGCGCCGAGUCCCACGUCAUCGAUGCGGCGGCGCGAGUCGCGGAGGCUCAGGAGCGUGAACAUCGUCGUCGAGGCGGGGACGCCGCCGGUGCGAUUCAGUACAACGUCUACAUCAUUGCCGAUCCCUUCGUCACAUUUGAGCAACGUUACCCGACGAUCGUCGGCAUCGACUCGAAUGGUUUCGUGAGGAACAAGCUCAACUUCUUUGAGCGCGAGCGAGAGGAGAUGCGCGUCCUCACCCAGGCGAGCGAGAUCUUGCCCAACGUUUGGCUCGGUAACGCUCAGGAUGUUCCCCAAGCACCGUACGCCCAGGCCUUGUCGAACGACUCGAGCUCAUCUUUGCUUGACGACGGCAACCCACUCUCCUUCUCUAUUUGCAUCGAAGCGCACGACCAAGCCGCCAACGUCUCCGCCGCAAUCUUGCGCGACGCGGACCGCAACCUCAACGAUCUCGAAGCGCAGGGUCAGGCCUACGAAGAGGUCCGCCAGUUGCUCGACGACGAGAUCGAUACAACGGCUUCUCAACUCGGUGAGGAGCGCGUCAAGAUCCUCCGACCCCAUGUUCACGACCUCGUGCACUUUGAAUGCCCCUCGACGAGCACCAACUGCGUCGCGCCCAACUCGUCCAGCCACACAACGAAGCGAGCGCAGACGCAAUUUGUCAACGCGCUCGUGGAGCUCGCGGUUUGGAUGCGCCGCCAAGCUUGCCCCGAUGACACGUCGCGCUUGCCUCGAAGGAUCUUGCUGCACUGCGGCGAUGGCUACACCGAAAGCUCGCUUCUGGCAGUGACCUACGUCAUGGUCGCCGGUGGGGGUCGCAACGCCGCCGAGGCCUACCUUUACCUCCAAGAGUCGGCCCAGCGCAGCUUCUACAUCUAUCCCCAGGACUACCAGCUCUUGCCGAUGAUCGAGCGCCGCGUCAUCGACGUUUUGUGCCGAGAGGAGCAGGAGUGGCUUGCGACGCGCAAGAGUAUGUCGUGGCAAUUGACGGCCUCUCCCAUGGCGCCGUCAAGGUCCUCUUCGGUAUCGUCGAUCAAUGGCGGUGGAGAGGAGCUCACCAGCACCGGCAUGGAGCGCAGUGACUCGGGCUACGUCUCCAACUCGAGCACACCAACCAAGACCUCCAAAUUCGUGCAGGCCGUGCGAGGAGCGCUCUCUUCCAGCAGCAGCAACAGUUGCGACGACGCCGAAAUGAGACCUCGGUCCCCUUCACCCGAUGCCGAACUGGCACAGCAAUGGUUCUCCUCCAAGCCUCGGCCUUCGAACACCUCGAACAGCCCGUGGUUCUACGCCCCAAUGUUCGAUGGUCACUUUCCUAGCCGGAUCUUGCCUUUCCUUGUGAGUACACAGCCCAGAGCGCGCGCAGCGAUCUCCGUGUCCUAAGACUUGAAGCUGACCACUCUCGUCACUUUCGCAGUACCUUGGCAACCUGAACCACGCCAACAACGCCUUGAUGCUCAAGAAGCUCGGUAUCACCCACGUAGUCUCGAUGGGCGAAUCGGCGCUCACGCCCCCUCGUCCGCCACCAGUUGGAGCCGCCGGGUCCAACGAGACACACACGAAUUCGCUGUGGCUCGAAGAAAGACUCGGCAACAUCAGCGUGCUGGACAUGAAGAAUGUCGCCGAUGACGGCAUCGAUUCGAUCCGUCCUUACAUCGACCAAGCACUCGAGUUCAUCGACCAAGCGCGUUGGACCGGCGGCAAGGUCUUGGUCCACUGCCGCGUCGGCGUCUCGCGCAGCGCGUCGAUCGUCAUUGCUUAUCUCAUGAAGCACAUCGAGCUCGAUCUCGCUUCGGCGUACUUGCUCACGCGCUCGCGUCGACUCAACAUCCUCAUUCAACCCAACUUACCGUUCUUCGCGACGUUGCACACCUUUGAGGCAGACCUACUCGCGGACAAGGACGGACGCAUCGCUCGUCGCGAGAUCGCGCCCGACGAUGAUAGCGAUCAACAUCUCGGUCGUGCCGGCCUGAAACGCUCGAAUCGGGUUGCAUGGUCGUACCUGUGCUCCUCGGUUGCUUCUCUUAACGAGAGGUUCCUCUGCUAG